AUGGCUACUUAUUAUUCUUAUAUAUUAUCUCUAUUGGUUUUAUUACUGAUUACACAUUGGGCUAAGACUGCUAGUCUUCGUUUUCCAUUAUAUUCAUUUGAAAAUAAUGUUUUCGAUCAACAAAAUUCUUCAAUAACGAAUACUGAAUAUUCAAAAUCAAAAUCUCAAUUACCUUUAAUCAAACAAUAUAUGCGUUGGAAUAAAAGUAUAACUAAUGAUGAAAUUGAAAAUGCAUUGGAUAAACUAUUAGUAUCUGUAAAGAAUUCUACUGAUAUAUCUUCAUUAAAUUCAACAAUGACUAGUAUUCUAUUGAAUUUUGAAACAAAAGAAUCAAAUUCAUCAAUAAUUGAAAAUUUUGAUAAUUUAAUUAAUUCAACAAUUUCAUUUCAAUUCAAUAUGACAACAUUUGAAGUAUAUUCAAAUGAGAAUACAACUAUGAACUAUUUAUUAUUGACACAAAAUUCAACAGAAUUAAAUCAAACAGAUGAUCAAACGACAAUUUCAAUUAUUGAAAAUGUUUUACAAGAUAACAAAACAGAUACAACUUUUUCAUCGAAAAUAUUCAAUGAAUUUAUUCUUAUUGAUUCACUAGAUACACAAACAUCUGUAACAAAUAAUACUGAUAUUUAUCAAAUAAUUACUAAUGAUAAAAACGAAUCUAUAAUUGAUGAAAUCAAUAAUUUACCUAAUGAAUUUCAAUCAUCAUCAUCAUCAUUUUCAAUUAUUUUCAAUCAAACUAUUCAUGAAGUUGAACCAACUACUGCUAUUAUUCAUUUAGAUUACACUACAAUAUCUUAUAAUAUAACAGAUAAUAAUCAAACAUAUGAAUGGGAUUUAAUAUUUAAUGAUAAAACAGAAACAAUGCCAUCUCAUGAUUCUUCUACAAUUUCAACAAAUAAUGAAUUUGCAAUCAAGUCAAAGAUUAUUGAUCAAGAAAUGAAUAUAAAUAAUACGAAUAUAAUUAUUUAUGAUACGAAUCAAAAUUUUAAUGAAACUUCUAUUUUAUCAUCAAUAUCAAUAUGUGAUCGUUCAUGUCAAUGUUUAAAACAAUGUCCAUAUGGCUUUGAAAUUCUUAAUGAUAUAUGUCGAUGUAAUUCACCAUGUCAAAAUUAUCAAUGUUUUGGUAAUGAUACAUGUAUUAUAACAAAUAAAGGACAACCUUUAUGUCAAUCAAAAAACAACACCGAACAUGAUCGUCCAAUUCGUUGUUAUCAACCACGAGAUGCUGGAUAUCAUGAUAUUAAUAUUCAAUAUCAUAAUCGUUGGUAUUAUAAUCCUGAUCAAGAUGCUUGUCAUUUAUUUGUUUAUCGUGGUUUGGGUGGAAAUGAAAAUAAUUUUCAAACAUUACAUGAAUGUCAUUUAGAAUGUAUAAUAUGUGCUCCAUUACCUGAUCCAGGUGAAUGUUUAGGUCAUAUUAAUAUGUGGUAUUAUGAUAAUAAAAAAAAUGAAUGUACACAAUUUGAAUAUUCAGGUUGUAAAGGUAAUCGAAAUAAAUUUUUAAAAAAAGAACAAUGUAUUAAUACAUGUAUUAAUCGUGUGUUUGAUUUAAAAUAA